AUGUCUAACAUCAACGAUAAACUACCAGAGAUCUUACAAGAUGCCGUCCUAAAGGAAUCCGUCCCAGUCCCAGAUGACUUCGUCAAAGUAGAAGGUAUUGAUUAUUCUAAGGAAAAUGCUACUGAUAUGAGAGCUUCGGACUUGGUUGAAGCGAUGAAGAGGAUGGGGUUCCAAGCUAGUUCUCUAGGUAAAGCCUGCGAUAUCAUCGAUAAUAUGAGAUCAUGGAGAGGUAAACAUAUCGAUGAAUUAGAGGAUCAUGAUAAGAAAGGUUCAUUUGAUGAAAAUGGGUUCCAAAAAACAACUAUCUUUAUGGGUUAUACUUCUAAUUUGAUUAGUUCCGGGUUAAGAGAAACUUUAAGAUAUUUGGUUCAACAUAAGAUGGUGGACGCUAUUGUUACCUCUGCUGGUGGUAUUGAAGAAGAUAUCAUUAAAUGUCUGGCUCCGACUUACAUGGGUGAAUUCUCUUUGAAAGGUAGCAAAUUACGUGAUCAAGGUAUGAACCGUAUUGGUAAUUUGUUGGUACCAAACGAUAAUUAUUGUAAAUUCGAAGAAUGGAUUGUUCCGAUUUUAGAUACCAUGUUAGAAGAACAAGAUGCUUACGUUAAGGAACAUGGAGCUGAUUGUUUGGAAGCUAACCAAGAUCUUAAUACGCCAAUUUGGACUCCUUCCAAAUUCAUCAACCGUAUUGGUAAGGAAAUUAACGAUGAAACUUCUGUUCUAUAUUGGGCUCAUAAGAACAACAUUCCUGUUUUUUGUCCAUCCCUUACUGAUGGUUCUAUUGGUGAUAUGUUAUUCUUCCAUACCUUCAAAGCUUCCCCAAAGCAACUGAGAUUAGAUAUUGUUGCUGAUAUCCGUAAGAUCAAUUCAAUGUCUAUGGAAGCCUCUAAGGCAGGUAUGCUUAUUUUAGGUGGUGGUUUGAUCAAACAUCAUAUCGCCAAUGCUUGUUUGAUGAGAAAUGGUGCCGAUUAUGCCGUCUAUAUCAAUACCGGUCAAGAAUUCGAUGGUUCUGAUGCCGGUGCUAGACCAGAUGAAGCUGUCUCUUGGGGUAAGAUUAAAGUGGAAGCUGAAUCUGUUAAGGUGUACGCCGAUGUUACCAUCGUUUGGCCACUGAUCGUUGCCGCUACUUUUGCUAAUGGCAAACCAUUAAAGAAUAACAAAGAUUAG